AUGACUACCUCUACUCCCUUUUCUUCCUCCACCACACCAAUCCUCCUGCUCAAAACCAAAUCCUCCCCAGCAGACGGUUACGAGGAAUUCUUCUCCACCCACAACUACAACCCCGCCUUCAUCCCCGUCCUCGAGCAUCACUUCCACGAACCCAACCUCCAAUCCGUGCGACAGCUUUUCGAGUCCGGCGCGCUCAACCCAGGCUCAGAACGGAAAUAUGGCGGAUUGAUAUUCACCAGUCAGCGGGCGGUCGAGGGGUUUGCGAAUAUGCUGAAGUCGCUGGAUAACUCAAUCACCACGCCCGCAUCACACUCUCUCCCCCUCUACACCGUCGGCCCGGCGACCUCCCGUUCCCUCACGACCCUUCGAGACGCGCACCUCCCGCACGCUACCAUCUACGGCGCAGAGUGCGGCACCGGCGAAGUCCUAGCGCAUUUCAUCCUCCAGCAUUAUCCGACCUUUACCUCCUCCGACUCCACCUCCACCUCCUCUGCUGCCACCGAAACCACAACUCCCAGUAAUGGCAACGGCCUCAAACCCCUCCUCUUCCUAGUCGGCGAACAGCGCCGCGACAUCAUCCCGAAAACGCUCCAGGGCGCACCCCCAGACCGCCGCAUCCACGUUGACGAGCUGAUCGUGUACGAAACGGGCGUGAUGGCGUCCUUUGAGCGGGAAUUCAGCACUGCGGUUACGGCCGCGAGGGAGUAUCUAGGUGCAGACCGCGAAGAUGCUGGGGCUGGGGAGCGGGCUGUCUGGGUGGUUGUGUUUUCGCCGACGGGGUGCGAUGCUAUGGUGAGGGUUUUGGAUCUAGCAGGGAAUGGGAACGGGGAUAGGGUGAAGGAAAAGAGGGAGAGGAUCUUUGUGGCGACGAUUGGGCCGACGACGAGGGAUCAUUUGCGAGAGAAGUUUGGGGUCGAGGCGGAUGUUUGUGCGGAGAAGCCGAGUCCGGAGGGCGUGGGGGAGGGGAUUCAGAGGUUUAUGAUGCGGUAA